GUUGGCAGCCUCUCCUCUGCCAGCCUUCAUCAUCAGACACGUUGUAGUGCUGCUGCUCCUACUGACAGCCAUCACCACCUCCUACCUGUACUACAAGGUAAAGACAUUUACUCAGCCGUGACAGUAAAUGUCUGACUGUUGGUGCUGUGUCUCCCUAGCCCACCAGGAGGCAGAAGAGAGUGAACAGGGUGAGCAGCAUGGAUCUUGAUGUCAAUGCCAUGGAGACGGUCUCUCUGAGCUCCAGAGCUGAAGCUGGACCGGAAGAGGAGAGAGCAGCCCAGGGGACGGAGUAGAAGUAGGAUGAAGCUGAUCCUACAUGCUGUUCUCAGUGGGCGGAGCCAUGACUGAGAUCUGUGCUCUGGUUGGCUAAGCUGGAAGGAGGCUGCAGCGACAGACCCACAGCAUCCUCGACACACUCUUUCUCCCUCUCUCCUUUUCGCUCAUCCCACCACCCCUUUCUCUUCUCUCUCUCUCUCUCCUUUCCUCUCCACACAGAGACACACGUGCCCCGUCCUGCCUGCCUGCUCAGUGACACUGCAGUACAGAGGACAUAGCAGCCGCAAACAGGCAGAGAGACAGGCAGACAGACAGGCAGGCAGAGAGACAGAAAGGCAGACAGACAGGCGGACAAACAAGCCGACAGGCAGAACGUAGGACGGUGUGUCGAGGCCUUGUCUCCUCCUUCUCCUCCUCCUCCUGCAGUAGCAGAGAUCCUGUCCUCCUGCGCUCUCCUUCAAGGACUUCCAGACUCUGAGACCUAGAACUACGGCUGCUACACUUCCUGUUCCUGUUUGUUACCAAGGAAAUACUCCUGCUACUACACUUCCUGUUCCUGUUUGUUACCAAGGAAAUACUACUGCUACUACCACACUUCCUGUUCCUGUUUGUUACCAAGGAAAUACUCCUGCUACUACUACUGCUGCUACUGUUCCUCUUCCUGUUUGUUACCAAGGAAAUACUCCUGCUACUACACUUCCUGUUCCUGUUUGUUACCAAGGAAAUACUACUGCUACUACCACACUUCCUGUUCCUGUUUGUUACCAAGGAAAUACUCCUGCUACUACUACUGCUGCUACAAUUCCUCUUCCUGUUUGUUACCAAGGAAAUACUCCUGCUACUACUACUGCUGCUACAAUUCCUCUUCCUGUUUGUUACCAAGGAAAUACUCCUGCUACUACUACUGCUGCUACAAUUCCUCUUCCUGUUUGUUACCAAGGAAAUACUCCUGCUACUACUACUGCUGCUACAAUUCCUCUUCCUGUUUGUUACCAAGGAAAUACUCCUGCUACUGCUACUGCUGCUACACUUCCUGUUCCUGUUUGUUACCAAGGAAAUACUCCUGCUACUACUACUGCUGCUACAGUUCCUCUUCCUGUUUGUUACCAAGGAAAUACUGCAGCGCAGCGGAUAUUAUCACGAACGCGAGCACGAAGGAGUGCUACUCUCUCCCUCUCUCUCUCUCACACAGUCACAGGCAGACAAACGGACUACUCUCUCUAACGCAUAACAGUGGUCUUCUCAUUGUUUCGGUACUUCUCUUGCUGGGCCUGGUGUGUGUUGUGGUGUGGUGUGUGUAGUGUGUGUUUUUAUCAGAGGUCACGCCGCGUGCUGUGGGAGUGUGUGUGGGUGAUCCACCUUCUCUCAGGUCCCCUCCCCUCUCAUCCUUUUCUACCUAAUCUCUCUCGCUCCCUCUCUCUCUCUCUCUCUCUCUCUCUCUCUCUGUCUCUCUCUCUCUCUCUCUCUCUCUCUCUCUCUCUCUCUCUUUCUCUCUCUCUCUCUCUCUCUCUCUCCACACCUCACCAAACUCCAUCCCUCUCUUCCCCCUCUUUCUCUCUCUCCAUCCUCACCACACCUCUCCCUCUCUUCCCUCUAUCCUCUCCAUACCUCCGCCCCUCCAUAUCCCAUGAUGCCUUGCCCCAGGCCACUGCGCUAGGCCCCAGCAGUAUGGGCAGAGCCUGGGAGGAGAGAGAGAGCUCUGAUUGGUCCAGGUCGGGUCCCCCUUCCUUUGCUUCCGAUGGGGGAGGACACUGAGAGCUCCAAAGUCAACCACAGCUUCCUGCGAGACUACGUCACCGAAGCUGAUGUAAUCUCUACAGUGGAGUUCAACCACACAGGAGAUCUGCUGGCUACGGGGGACAAGGGAGGCAGAGUCGUCGUCUUCCAGAGAGAGACCGUGGUUGGUCACAAGCCUAAAGGGGAGUUGGAGCAGGUGGGGGAGACGGGGGAGUCGGGGGAGUAUAAUGUGUACAGUACCUUCCAGAGCCACGAGCCUGACUUUGACUACCUGAAAAGUCUGGAGAUCGAGGAGAAGAUCAACAAGAUACGAUGGCUGUCUCAGCAGAACGCCGCCCACUUCCUGCUCUCCACCAACGAUAAGACCAUCAAGCUGUGGAAGGUGAGUGAGCGAGACAAGCAACCGGAAGGCUACAACCUGAAAGAUGAGGAGGGCAGGAUGAAGGACAUCUCUACAGUCACAUCACUACAGGUUCCUGUGUUGAGACCUACAGACCUGAUGGUGGAGGUGCGUCCUAGGAGGGUGUUCUCCAAUGGUCAUACCUACCAUGUUAACUCCAUAUCGGUCAACAGUGACGGAGAGACGUACCUGUCAGCUGAUGACCUGAGGAUCAACAUGUGGCAUCUGGGGAUCACAGACCGCAGCUUCAACAUAGUGGACAUCAAGCCAGCCAACAUGGAGGAGCUAACUGAGGUGAUAACAGCAGCAGAGUUCCAUCCUCACCACUGUCACCUGUUUGUCUACAGUAGCAGUAAGGGAACGCUACGUCUCUGUGACAUGAGGGCCUCGGCACUUUGCGACAAACACACCAAGCUCUUUGAGGAACCAGAGGACCCAGGAAGUCGUUCGUUCUUCUCUGAGAUCGUGUCGUCGGUGUCGGAUGUGAAGUUCAGUCACAACGGGCGGUACCUGCUGACCAGGGAUUACCUGACGGCCAAGGUGUGGGAUUUACACAUGGAGAAAGGCCCAGUCGAAACCUACCAGGUUCAUGACUACCUGAGGACUAAGCUGUGCUCUCUGUACGAGAACGACUGCAUAUUUGACAAGUUCGAGUGUGUCUGGAACAGCUCCGACAGCGUGAUAAUGACGGGGGCGUACAACAGUUUCUUCCGGAUGUUUGACAGGGAGACGGGGCGGGGCGUGACCCUGGAGGCGUGGCGAGAGACCAGUAAGCCGCGAGCUGUACUGCGGACGCGACGGAUCUACACCGGGGGCAAGCGUCGUCGCGGCGACGUGGGGGUGGACAGUCUGGACUUCACUAAGAAGAUCCUCCACAUGGCCUGGCACCCCGAGGAGAACAUCAUCGCCAUCGCCUCCACCAACAACCUCUACAUCUUCCAGGACCGGGUCAGCCCCGACACACAGGGUCCAGACCUGGUUUCAGAUACCAUUUAGCACUGGGUCAGCCCCGACACACAGGGUCCAGAUACCAUUUAGCACUGGGUCAGCCCCGACACACAGGGUCCAGAUACCAUUUAGCACUGGGUCAGCCCCGACACACAGGGUCCAGACCUGGGUUCAAAUACCAUUUAGCACCAGGUCAGCCCCGACAAAUAUGGUCCAGACCUGGGUUCAAAUACCAUUUAGGACAGGGUCCAGACACAGGAACAGGACUGAGAAGUAGUCGUUAAACACACGCACGCAUGUGCACACACGGGCACACACACACACACAGGCACACACACAGGCACACACGGGCACACACACGGGCACACACAGGCACACACACACACACACGGGCUCACACACAGGCACACACACACACACACACGGGCUCACACACACACAGGGGCUCACGCAUUGAUUGUUGGACAUAAAUUGAAAGGAAAUAACAAAAACAUCAGAGACUAGUCCCUCCAUGGAAAGAGUUGGACAGGCCUGAGAUCAGUCUAUAAGGGGAAUGAGUUGGACAGGCCUGAGAUCAGUCUAUAAGGGGAAUGAGUUGGACAGGCCUGAGAUCAGUCUAUAAGGUGAAUGAGUUGGACAGGCCUGAGAUCAGUCUAUAAGGUGAAAGAGUUGGACAGGCCUGAGAUCAGUCUAUAAGGGGAAUGAGUUGGACAGACCUGAGAUCAGUCUAUAAGGGGAAAGAGUUGGACAGGCCUGAGUUCGCUAUCUAAGGUGUCUAAAGACAGAGGAAGGUGGUGAGUGUGUGUGUGUGUGUGUGUGUGGAUCCAAUCACUGUUUGUAUUGUUGUUUAAGUCAACAGCACGUCACUAGACGUCCCGUUUAACGGAUUCCCUUUAUGAUCACAACACCUCAGCACACCUGGUUACACCGGACACCUUUACACACAGCUGGUGAGAGUGGACACUUCUGGACACCUUUACACACAGCUGGUGAGAGUGGACACUUCUGGACACCUUUACACACAGCUGGUGAGAGUGGACACUUCUGGACACCUGGUGACACAUCUAGACACCUGGUGACACAUCUGGGCACUUCUGGACACCUGGUGACCCAUGUGGAUGAAUCUAGACACCUGGUGACACAUCGGGAUGAAUCUAGACACCUGGUGACUCAUCUGGACACCUGGUGACUCAUCUGGAUGAAUCUAGACACCUGGACACCUGGUGACACAUCUAGACACCUGGUGACACAUCUGGACACUUGGUGACACAUCUGGAUGAAUCUAGACACCUGGUGACACAUCGGGAUGAAUCUAGACACUUCUGGACACCUGGUGACCCAUCUGGACACUUCUGGACACCUGGUGACACAUCUGGACACCUGGUGACACAUCUGGACACCUGGUGACACAUCUAGACACCUGGUGACACAUCUGGACACUUGGUGACACAUCUGGAUGAAUCUAGACACCUGGUGACCCAUCUGGAUGAAUCUAGACACCUGGUGACACAUCUGGAUGAAUCUAGACACCUGGUGACCCGUCUGGAUGAAUCUAGACACCUGGUGACCCGUCUGGAUGAAUCUAGACACCUGGUGACUCAUCUGGAUGAAUCUGGACACCUGGUGACUCAUCUGGAUGAAUCUAGACACCUGGUGACUCAUCUGGACACAUCUAGACACCUGGUGACCCAUCUGGAUGAAUCUGGACACCUGGUGACUCAUCUGGAUGAAUAUAGACACCUGGUGACCCAUCUGGACAAAUCUAGACACCUGGUGACUCAUCUGGAUGAAUCUAGACACCUGGUGACUCAUCUGGAUGAAUCUAGACACCUGGUGACCCAUCUGGGCACAUCUAGACACCUGGUGACCCAUGUGGACACAUCUAGACACCUGGUGACACAUCUAGACACCUGGUGACACAUCUAGACACCUGGUGACUCAUCUGGACACAUCUAGACACCUGGUGACUCAUCUGGAUGAAUCUAGACACCUGGUGACUCAUCUGGAUGAAUCUAGACACCUGGUGACUCAUCUGGAUAAAUCUAGACACCUGGUGACUCAUCUGGAUGAAUCUAGACACCUGGUGACUCAUCUGGAUAAAUCUAGACACCUGGUGACUCAUCUGGAUAAAUCUAGACACCUGGUGACUCAUCUGGAUGAAUCUAGACACCUGGUGACUCAUCUGGAUGAAUCUAGACACCUGGUGACUCAUCUGGAUAAAUCUAGACACCUGGUGACUCAUCUGGAUGAAUCUAGACACCUGUUGACUCAUCUGGACACAUCUAGACACCUGGUGACUCAUCUGGAUGAAUCUAGACACCUGGUGACACCUGGACAAGCUGAUCCUAGAUCUGUGCCUAAGGGCAACUUCUACCCCAAGCUACUAAAUCACGUAUGCUUCCAUCCAUCCACUCAUAUAGGUUGUGUUCCAAAUGGACCCUAUUCCCUAUAUAGUGCACUACUUUUGACCUGGGACCAUAAGGCUCUGGUCAGAAGUAGUGCCCUAUAAAGGGAAUACUAGGUUGAUAGUAUUCUCAUGUCCUGCACCAUGUUCUGUAAAUACUGUCUGUCUGUCUGUCAGUCUGUGUCUGUCUAACCUAGUUAUCUCAGUGGUCAACCAUUACAUAGAGUCAGAGUUAUAUAGUCAGACUGUGCAGGAUUUUGUUCCUGACCACCACCAAAUCACUUUGAAAAUAGCUAAUCAAGUGGAUUAGUCAAAAUCAGGUGGGUUAGUGCAGGGCUGGAACAAAAGCCUGCACAGCUUGUACUGAUGGUCUUCUAGGGUUGGUGGCCACUAGUUUAAAGGGUCAAUCUGGGAUUGAUUCUCGUCCAGGGUUGGUGGCCACUGGUUUAAAGGGUCAAUCUGGGAUUGAUUCUCGUCCUGGGUUGGUGGCCACUAGUUUAAAGGGGCAAUCUGGGAUUCUGCGACAUCACACCGCUUGAGUUCUCUCUCCUCCAAUCAUACACAGUAGUGUAGUGGCGUCAGCGCGGCAACCUCACGGCUAACCAAUCAGUAAGAGUGUUGUUGUGCUGUGGUCAGGACCAUUGCAACAGUAGCAUGUUAUCCAGUGUUACUGUCGUUGUAUAUCUAUCAUACCUGUAUAACUAAUAGUUAUCUAAACAGUCCCAAUGAACACUUGAUGAAGGAAUGUGUAAACAAAAAUAAAUUAAAUCAUGUGAAUCUGA